AUGCAGGGAGAGAGGGCUGGCCCACGCUCAGAGGUGAUGGCAACAGUGCGCCCUUCCUCCUCCAGCAAAUCCCGCGCCCCCGAGGACUACCAGGUUCUGCUGGGGAGCACCCAGCUGUACCAGCACACCCAGCACACCCGGGCGAUGUCUGUGAGCCGGAUUAUCACGCACCCAGACUUUGAGAAGUUUCACCCCUUCGGGAGUGACAUCGCCAUGCUGCAGCUGCUCCUGCCUGUGAACUUCACGGCCUACAUCGUCCCAGCCUGCCUCCCAGCCCCUGGGAUGCAGCCGCCCAGUCACGCGUCCUGCUGGAUCACUGGCUGGGGGAUGCUUAGCGAGGACGGUGAGGGGUGUGGGAGAGGCAAGGAUGAGGGCAGGCUAGGAGGAGAGGGGAGGAGAGGAGCAGGAAGAAGGGGGUGUGGCUCAGCCCGAGGGGUCCCCAGGCAGAGUCCAGUGCACCGUGGCCCUCUGUGCCUCAUUUGCAGAGGACUGGACAUUCUAGUUCUAGUUCUGAAAAGUAUGGUUCUAAAGCUUCUGAGUUCCCAGAGUCUACCGCUCUGCGAGUCUGGGAAUCUGACUUCUGGAAUCAGGAAUCUGGGUUCCUGGAGUCCUCCUGGUUCCUGAUUCCAGGGUUUUAACCAGCCACGGUUCUGAGAUGACUUGAAUUGACUUGACGGGCAUUCUUGGGGCCUGGCCCAUUCA